AUGGCAAACGACUUUUCUCUCUUCACGUCGCUUCGAUUCGAUGUCAAGCUUAAGCAUGUCCCAUCUAUGGGCCUAGCGUAUGCUGGAUGGAACUACCGAAAUGAGUCACCACUGUACAUGCUCGACUAUCACCGAGAUCGCAUCCUGCGGGCUGCCGUGCAUUGGGAUUGGGAUAAGGUGAUCGAAAAGCUGUCUGGAGACGCAGGUCUUAGAAACCUUGCUGAAGCAGCUGAGGCUGAAAUUGGUCCUUCGGAGACUGGGCCAUUUCGACUGCGAAUAGUGGUCACAAAACAAGGCGACAUCACGUUCCAUCAGUACGACACUCCUGGCCUCGACAUUGGCAACCUUUUCCCAGAGUCACUCCCUGCACCAGGAACAUCACCGAGCCCAAGCCAACCGCAGGCCCCCCCGCUGCUUACCGUUGUCGUUGACAGUGUUGAUUCCUCAAGGUCAGAAUUCACCCAUUUCAAGACCACCAAUCGGGCACUGUACGACGAUGCUCGGAGCAGAGCUGGCAUAGGCUCCGUCAGUGCAGCAAACAGCGUCGAGGUCUUGGUCAUCAACGAGGAAGACAACACCAUCAUGGAGGGAAGCACUACGACACCAUACUUCUGGCGUGGUGGGAGAUGGAUUACGCCGCCCGUGUCUGCCAAAUACAGCAGACAAGAUGGUAGUGGAGGAAAUGAUGGCACCUCCCGACGAUGGGUCCUGGAGCGGUGA